CAUACGUAUAUAGCGUCGCGGUCGGUCACGGCGAGGUCGCAGUUGCAGUUGCGCAGACUCGGAACGGGACAGGAUGCAGCGAGACAAAACAAGCAACGCCGCUGCGGCUGAAAAGCCCGACCGAGAGGCCGCCAUAAUGUCGAAAUACUACGAUGGAGUUGAAUUCCCUUUCUGUGACGAGUUCUCCAAAUAUGAAAAAAUGGCCAAAAUAGGACAAGGCACCUUUGGGGAGGUGUUCAAAGCAAAGCACAGGCAGACCGGGAAGAAGGUCGCACUGAAGAAAGUACUGAUGGAAAAUGAGAAAGAAGGGUUUCCCAUCACAGCUCUGAGAGAGAUCAAGAUCCUGCAGCUGCUCAAACAUGAGAAUGUGGUCAACCUGAUCGAGAUCUGCAGAACCAAAGCCACUCAGUUCAACAGAUACAAAGGCAGCAUCUACCUGGUAUUUGACUUCUGUGAGCACGACCUGGCUGGGCUGCUGAGCAACGCCAAUGUGAAGUUCACCCUGGCGGAGAUCAAGAAGGUCAUGCAGAUGCUGCUCAAUGGAUUGUACUACAUCCACAGAAACAAGAUUCUUCACAGAGACAUGAAAGCAGCCAACGUGCUCAUCACCAGAGAUGGUGUCCUGAAGCUGGCUGACUUUGGUCUGGCUCGAGCCUUCAGCCUGGCUAAGAACAGCCAGGGGAACCGCUACACCAACCGCGUGGUCACACUGUGGUACAGACCCCCGGAGCUGCUGCUGGGUGAGCGAGACUACGGCCCCCCCAUUGACCUGUGGGGAGGGGGCUGCAUCAUGGCAGAGAUGUGGACCAGAAGUCCCAUAAUGCAAGGCAACACUGAGCAGCACCAGCUCACUCUCAUCAGCCAGCUGUGUGGCUCCAUCACUGCUGAGGUGUGGCCUGGUGUGGAUAAGAAGUACGAGCUCUACCAGAAAAUGGAGCUGCCCAAAGGCCAAAAGAGGAAGGUGAAGGAUCGUCUCAAAGCCUACGUCAAGGACCCGUACGCCCUGGAUCUGAUCGACAAACUCCUGGUCCUAGACCCGGCACAGCGCAUAGACAGCGACGACGCACUCAACCACGACUUCUUCUGGUCCGACCCCAUGCCGUCUGAUCUGAAGAACAUGCUCUCCACCCACAAUACCUCCAUGUUUGAAUAUCUGGCCCCGCCCAGGCGGAGGGGGCACAUGCCGCAGCAGCAGCCCAAUCAGAACAGAAACCCAGCCACCACCAGCCAGACUGAGUUCGAUCGAGUGUUUUAGUGGUUGAAGGAGUUCAUGGACAGUCAGUCCCAGCCAGCCUUAUAUCAAGGAACGCUACACAUUUUUGGCUGAGUUUUACGGACAUUACCUGGAGGUCUCUGCAGGUUUUUUUUUUUUUUUUUUUGUAUGAUCGUUGUUCUGUGUGAAGCAGAAUGAGCCCUUUGCAAGCCAAGUUAUUAUGUUUCAACUGUUUUCUUGAUGAUGAUGAAGAGACCGAUGCUCAACUAUGUGCACAUGGUGUGUUCAUGUGGUCCUUUGAGUAAACAAACUGUUAGUUUUAUUUCAAGUUUGUUAGUCUGGCAUUGUAGUUUUUUGGCAUUUCCACACUUGUUUGCUAUUUCUGUACAAAACAAUGAUCAGUCUUUUUACAGGCUGUGCAGUAUUUUGAGGUUUUUAUUUAUAAUAAAGUGAAACUUUUAUUUAAACCAUGUUACAGGGACACCACCUGUAGUGGCUUCCAUUCCUGGUUUCAUUGAGCCACUGUUUUUAGCAGGGUUAAUGACACAUUAUCCAAAUAAUCAGAUUAUAAUUUAGAUAUUCAACUGACCUUGAAAAAUAACUUAAUAUUUCAGAGAGAAGUUUUGCUUCCCUGUCUUCCCCCAGGUGUAGUUAAGCAAUUAAAGCUGCAGUAGGUCAUUUUUAUAAAAAUAACUUCAUAUUUGCUGAAACAUUCACUAUAUCCUGACAGUAGAUAAUCAGAGAAAUAAAUCAGGCUCCUCCUAGUGCUCCUAAUGGUAUUCUUACAAAAAUUCACCGGGCCCAAAUGAAAACAACCAAUCAGAGCCAUGAAAGAUAGUUGAGUCUCAUUUCCAGGGUCCCAAAGCGUCUGUAUUUGACUUGACUGUAGCAAGGCAUAAGCACACAUUCAGCAUUCAUAUCAUUUUACUUUAACACUUCACUCCCUUUUUAACCAUAGCUCAUAGUUCACUAUGGCUUCAACAUACUGACUUCUAGCAAAACUAUUAUUUAGUUAUACUUCAAUUCAGUUCUACAUCAAUAAACACAAUUUUUUUUACAUCCAUGUUAUCCUUUGAAUGUAGGACUAUAAGUUUGGGGCUCUGAAGUGUAUGGGGACGUGAGCUCAAGACUCCAGGGGAAACGUGUGUGUGUGUAUGUGACACAACUCCACUGUGUUCAACAAUUUCUCAACAUGUGUCUAAAAGUGACAUCCAAAAUAAAGUGAUUAUUUUUCCUAAA